GCCCGCGGAAAUGGGCGAGCACAACCUCCUUAAUCCCGGCUUUGUGGGACCUCUGGUGAACAUCCACACGGGAGACACCUUCUACUUCCCAAAUUUCCGGGCCUCCGGAGGCCAACUGCCCGGUUUGCCUUCCCUCUCCUACCCCCGCCGGGAGAACGUCUGCUCUUUGCCCUGGGCAUCCUCGGAACCCUGCAACGGGUACCCCCAGCCCUACCUGGGCAGCCCCGUCUCCAUUAACCCUUCCUUCGGUCGAGCCUGCGACCUCGCCCGGGUGGAGGAAAGCAAAUGUUAUUACCGGGAAACUUGCUCGGAAAGCGGCGGGCUCAAGAGGGAGGAGAGGGGCAGGGACAGUGCUUUGCUGCCCCUCGAAUCCAGCCUCCCCAAUGGCAUGGGGGCCACUUUCAGCAAAUAUGACUAUCCCGGCGGCGAGGCGGUGCCCCACGACCCUCCGUCCUGCCAGUCCUUGGAGUCAGACUCCAGCUCCUCUUUGCUCAAUGAAGGGAAUAAAGGCACCAGCGGAGAAGCGGGGGGUUUGGUGUCCCCCCUGAAUCAAGGCAGCACUUUAGGCACCGGUGGUGCUCCUUGGUACCCGAUGCACACACGGUCCCGGAAAAAACGAAAACCCUAUUCCAAGCUGCAGCUGGCGGAGCUGGAAGGGGAGUUUAUGGUCAAUGAAUUCAUUACUCGCCAAAGAAGGAGGGAGCUCUCAGACCGAUUAAACCUGAGCGACCAGCAGGUGAAGAUCUGGUUCCAGAACCGGCGUAUGAAAAAGAAAAGACUCCUCCUGAGAGAGCAAGCCCUUUCUUUCUUUUAAAGUUUUAGAGGCGGCCGUGUCGGGUAUUAAAAAUUAAUAAUAAUAAUGAUGAUGAUGAUACAACCAACAAAAAAAAUCCCACAUAGACUCUCUAGCGUUCACCCGAGCUCCCGGGACUUCACCUGACCACUCUUAAUCCCCCCCAACCCCUCCCUUCCCAGAAAGCAAUGAAUAAAGAAAGAAUAUUAAUAAAUAACCAGUUUCCCUUAAAAUAUGAAACCCGACAGAGAGGGAAAAAAAAAAAAGAUAUAUAUAAAUAAAAUAAUAAUGCAUCUUCUCCGCCGGGACCGCGGGGGGACGGACGGCUUCCAGAGAUGCUCGGCGGGCUGAAGGGGAGGUUUUGAGUGCGACUUUAGCCGCUUUGCCUUUGCCAGCAGCACAGGUAGGGUUUCCGUGCAGCGCCGGGCAUCGUCGGGGCCGUCGGGGGCCGCCGGUC